AUGAAAUGCACUGCUGUUAUUCGUAUGUUGGCAUAUGGAGCAUCAGCUGAUAGUGUGGAUGACUAUUUGAGAAUUGGUGAAAGCACCACACUAAAAUGUGUUGAUAGGUUUACAAGGGGCAUGAUCAAUUUAUUUGGGCCGGAAUAUUUGCGAAAGCCUACCACUGAAGACAUCGAACGCUUGCUACAGAUGGGGGAGGCACAUGGCUUUCCAGGUAUGUUGGGGAGUAUUGAUUGUAUGCAUUGGGAAUGGAAAAAUUGUCCAGUUGCAUGGAAAGGACAGUAUGUUCGAGGUGAUCAUGGCAAACCCACAGUUAUGCUUGAAGCAGUUGUUUCACAAGACUUAUGGAUUUGGCACGCUUUUUUUGGGGUAGCGGGUUCAAACAACGAUAUCAAUGUGCUGAACCAAUCUGAUGUCUUCAACGAUGUUAUGCAAGGGCGAGCUCCUGAGGUCCAUUUUUCAGUCAAUCAACAUGAAUACAACAUGGGCUAUUAUCUAUCAGAUGACAUUUAUCCUGAGUGGGCUACAUUUGUGAAAAGCAUUCCAAUGCCACAAGGGGAUAAGAGAAAAUUGUUUGCUCAACAUCAAGAAGGCGCGAGAAAGGAUAUUGAACGAGCAUUCGGAGUUCUCCAAUCCCAGUUUGCGAUCAUACGUAACCCGGCUCGAUCUUGGCACUUGGAUGCACUCAAACGUAUAAUGGAGACGUGCAUCAUAUUGCACAACAUGAUUGUUGAAGAUGAACGUGCCAGAUAUGGUGGCACUUUUGAUUAUUCAUAUGAUCAUUUGGGUAAUGAUCCGAUUGCACCACCAAACGAUUCUAAUAAUGAUUUCCAAGAGUUCCUAGGUAGAAGACAUAAUAUUCGCGAUAAGCAAAUUCAUCGACACCUUCAGCAAGACUUGAUAGAACACAUAUGGGAACGUUUUGGACAUGAGAAUAACCACAAUUAG